UGUCUGCUGGCUCGGUUCGCCGCACCCGCCGUCGUCGCCGCCGCCACCGCUGCUCACGUCCCCACUCCGGUCCGUGGUGCAGCCGGACCAGCACCAUGUCGCUGUCUCGGUCGGAAGAGAUGCACCGGCUCACAGAAAAUGUCUACAAGACCAUCAUGGAGCAGUUCAACCCCAGCCUCCGGAACUUCAUCGCCAUGGGGAAGAACUACGAGAAGGCGCUGGCAGGUGUGACGUACGCGGCCAAAGGCUACUUCGAUGCGCUCGUGAAGAUGGGCGAGCUGGCCAGUGAGAGCCAGGGCUCCAAAGAGCUCGGGGACGUUCUCUUCCAGAUGGCCGAGGUCCACAGGCAGAUUCAGAAUCAGCUGGAGGAGAUGCUGAAGUCUUUUCACAACGAGCUGCUCACGCAGCUGGAGCAGAAGGUGGAGCUGGACUCCAGGUACCUGAGUGCCGCGCUUAAGAAGUACCAGGCGGAGCAAAGGAGCAAAGGGGACGCGCUGGACAAGUGCCAGGCUGAGCUGAAGAAGCUCCGCAAGAAGAGCCAGGGGAGCAAAAACCCCCAGAAGUACUCGGACAAGGAGCUGCAGUACAUCGAUGCGAUCGGCAACAAACAGGGCGAGCUGGAGAGCUACGUGUCGGACGGCUACAAGACUGCCCUCACCGAGGAGAGGAGGAGGUUCUGCUUCCUGGUGGAGAAGCAGUGCGCCGUGGCCAAGAACUCCGCCGCCUACCACUCCAAGGGCAAGGAGCUGCUGGCGCAGAAGCUGCCCCUGUGGCAGCAGGCCUGCGCGGAUCCCAACAAGAUCCCGGACCGCGCCGUGCAGCUGAUGCAACAGGUGGCCAGCAGCAACGGCUCCAUCCUGCCCAGCGCCCUUUCGGCCUCCAAGUCCAACCUGGUCAUCUCGGACCCUAUUCCGGGGGCCAAGCCCCUGCCAGUGCCCCCCGAGCUGGCCCCGUUUGUGGGGCGGCUGUCAGCCCAGGACAACGCGCCUGUCAUGAACGGCGUCUCGGGCCCGGACAGCGAGGACUACAACCCUUGGGCUGACCGCAAGGCGGCUCAGCCCAAGAGCACGCCCCCUCUGCAGUCGCAGGGCAAGCUGAGCGACUCCUACUCCAACACGCUGCCCGUGCGCAAGAGCGUGGCGCCCAAGAGCAGCUAUGCCGCCACGGAGAACAAGACCCUGCCCCGCUCCAGCUCUAUGGCAGCCGGCCUGGAGCGCAAUGGCCGCAUGCGGGUGAAGGCCAUCUUCUCCCACGCGGCCGGUGACAACAGCACACUGCUGAGCUUCAAGGAGGGCGACCUCAUCACCCUGCUGGUGCCCGAGGCCCGAGAUGGCUGGCACUACGGCGAGAGCGAGAAGACAAAGAUGCGGGGCUGGUUCCCCUUCUCCUACACCCGGGUUCUGGACAGCGACGGUGGCGACAGGUUGCACAUGAGCCUGCAGCAGGGGAAGAGCAGCAGCACCGGGAACCUCCUGGACAAGGAGGACCUGGCCAUCCCGCCCCCCGACUACGGCACGUCCUCCCGUGCCUUCCCUGCCCAGACGGCCGGCACGGCCGGCGCCUUCAAGCAGAGGCCGUACAGCGUGGCUGUGCCCGCCUUUGCCCAGGGCCUGGAUGACUACGGGGCCCGGGCUGUGAGCAGCGGCAGCGGCACACUGGUGUCCACAGUGUGAGGACGCUGACGCCGGCAGCUGCUGCCCAGAAGCGCUCCCGCCCCCGCGCCCCGUCUGCCUGGCCUCACCGGUUUACACCUUGGCGCCGCUGGUUUCUCCUGGGUGGUGUUUCUCUCCCACCGGCCCCGCUCCCUGCCUUUUGGUUGGUGCCCCCAGACUCUGUGAUCCCCCAGGGUCCAUGGUGCUGCCCCACCUCUGCACCCCGUGUUUACACGCCCCUCCCGUGUGUCCCACCAGGUGGGACCUGCCGCCGGGUGGUGCGGGUGGGGCGUCCUCGCCGCUGCUCCCCGCCUGCCGUGUUCAUGACGCGCUGUCCCUUUUCAAAGGCUCAGCAAGAGCCAGGUCUAAAGUUUGAAAAAAAAAAUCAUAAAA